AAAUAAUCUGCGUGGAGUCAACAUUUAUGACAAGCCACACACUUGCCAAAAAUUGUGCUAAGGCUUUUGAUUUCCAGCGAUUUGCCACUGCUGCUCUUAAGGCCCUUUGCCUUUUAGAAGACCGCGAGACGUAAAAGGUAAUUUUUCUGUCGAUGUUCUUGAUUUGUAAGCUUUUCUAAGCCUCAUGAUGAAGUUGUUAUCCCUCUUUUGGAGGUGUUUCUGUCUGCAUUUCAGAAAUUUUAGCUCUUUUGUUAAAGAAAUCGGGGAAGUACCCAAGAACUGUUUCUGUAAAAUAUCUGUUCGGAGAAGCAAAUAUUGCCUACACUUUUCUAUUACUUGAUUGGACAACCAGAAAUUUCUAGAUGAUUGAUGUUCAAUUUUCGAAGAUUAUGAGGUAAAUUCCCUAAGUCUUCCUGAAGUUUAAUUUUUCACAUUUCAAUGCACAGGUUAGGCUUCUUUUCGUUCAAAAAAGGAAACCCAAAAUUCUCGGAUUCAGAAAUUAAAUGUGAUGGAGAGAGGAAUCAGAAAAUUCUCCCCUUCGUAAUACGUUAAAUUGCAUCUAAAAUGCCCAAGACCUUUGAACCAAAAUGUUAUACUUUUCAAAUCCUGUUUAUAAAAUUCGGGCGGACUAUAAGUCAGAAUAUAGUAAUUAUCGGCACACAAAGACACACACGCUGCUCCGAAAGCCUGCCCGAAAGUCAUCACGCUAAAUUUGCGAUUGCAAAUAGAUACCGGUAAAUGACAAAGGGAAAAUUAAAAACUACUGGUAAUUUUACUGUUAUGAAUUAUGUAUUAAAAGUUUCUGGUUUGGUAGUCUGUAUCUUUCCCCCUUUUUUGCCUAUAGUGUUGACUUAUUAAAAUAUUUAAACUCAGCUCGAAACGACCGGACAAAAUGUCUGGCCAUCCAUCGAUCUUAUUUUUGGCCGGACAUUGUCCGUUGACCGGCCGCUAUUUCAAGCCCUGUAUCGGGGUCGAAAGGGUUGUCCUUUGCAUUCACAAAGUGUGUGAUAUUCUUGUUGACUUGAGGCUCAAUGCACAAAAGCAAUCGAGCAUUCAAGACUUGGUGGACAAGCUUUCGAAUACUAUCGAUUGAUUGUAAAAUGUAAAUACCGUGUAGUCUGACUGACUAGAGUUUAAGUAUACGUGUAUUCACCUCAUGUUUCACAUAAUGCCCAGGUUUUUCCCGUUAAAGUUGAAUUUAGGUGAUUUAACUUUAUAACAAGUGACAAAUUUCAAACUGUACUGUACUUGUUACUAGGAAAAAAAAAGAACAAAUUACUUUCAGUCAGAGAAAACGUUAACUAUUUGUUAAAUUUUAGCUUAUAAGGUAAUUAUCUUUAUCUAAUUACGUUAAUCAUCCAAGUUUGAGCUUUUUUUUGCUAUGUUUUCCCUUGAGCGACCACCUCUCGUUAGCGACUACUUUUCCGUGCAGUCUGACUGACUGACUGACUGGUGGUCGGUCGCUUAUGAGAGAGUUGACUGUAGUUUUAACUCACUUUUUAAACAUUUUGCAGCCAUGAACAAAACUGGUUUAGCAUUUUCUGGUGGUGGGAUAAGGUCAGCGGCCUUUUGUUCCGGAGUCUUACGACGAUUACUGCAGAAGAAUGUGAAGAUUGACUACCUCAGUUGUGUGUCUGGGGGCGGUUACACAGGUACGGCCUAUCUGGACUGGAAGUGCAGGAAUGGCAAGAAGGACGACAAAACCUGGCAUCAAGAAUUCNUUGCAGCCAUGAACAAAACUGGUUUAGCAUUUUCUGGUGGUGGGAUAAGGUCAGCUGCCUUUUGUUCCGGAGUCUUACGAAGAUUACUGCAGAAGAAUGUGAAGAUUGACUACCUCAGUUGUGUGUCUGGGGGCGGUUACACAGGUACGGCCUAUCUGGACUGGAAGUGCAGGAAUGGCAAGAAGGACGACAAAACCUGGCAUCAAGAAUUCUUUAACCACAUGAGACAGAAUGCUGGUUUUAUAUGCCACUGGUACCAUCCUUUCAAGGGAGUUUUAGAGUGUUUAGCUAUAACCUUGGUUUUACUAUUUGUGACAAUUCUUGUACCAGCCAUGUUGUGGAUGUCAUUUUCAUAUCCGCUGGCCUAUGUUAUAGACUAUCUAUAUGGACAUAUUCUAAGAAGUUGUUGUGCUCCAUGUAGCGAAGUUGUGCUUCACAAUCCAAACAUAACCAUAGAACAAUGCGAAGAAGACCGCGAAUCAUCUGGGGCAUUGUACCACCUUCUGGCUCUGUUUUUGACGCCCACUGGAAUUGCAUGUGCAUCUUUCGUUAUCAAAGGCUUUUCCUCAAAAGGGAAACCUCUCUUCAAUCUUCUUUUUCAUUUUUUUGCGGCGUUUUUUGCGUUGGUGUUCUUCCCGUGGUUCAUAAAGGAAUUUUUUCAUCGACUUCCAACGUGGAUAAAGUUUCUUAUAUUCAUCCCUUUAUUCUGUCUUUGGAUUUCAUUUCCUCCCAUCCGUUCCUCUACUACGCUCAUGACUGCCAUAUAUCUGAGCUCGUUUGUAAUUUACUGGAGAGUUUAUAACGAGAGUGCCUUUGGUUUUGAGUACAAACCAGGCACGUUUAAUAUUAUUCUGGCUUUAGCAACGAUAGUGCAUUGGAUCUCCCCAUGGUUGAUCACCAUUCAACAACGGCUUGUUCACAUUUAUAUUAGGUAAGCCUAAAGAUUUGUUACAUUUCUAGCACGACUAAAAUGUUAGGACGUUUAUUACAACUACUCCGUUUAAAUAACUCUUUGAAAACGCCAACUUCUAAAACCAAAACAGGAAAAUGUUUUGGAGGCGGCUUUCUUGUCUUCCUUAUUACGUGCCUUAAAUGUCAUAUUCACACGUAAUCACAAUCCACUUCUUUCCCUCUAUAGACUGCUUGUAAUUUUCUUUGCAAGGUUUUAAGGUUCAUUUUGUUACAAAAAACAUUUAUUAUUGAAUGUUAGCUCCGGUUUUGGACUUGACUAAAUCUAUAUAUCAUCAAGAAAGAAUAUUCUCGAUCUCUUAUUAUUGUUCGAAUGAAACACAAGGCUGGUUGCAAAGCAUAAUCGGGGCAUGAUCUUGUAUGGAAUCCGCGUGUACAUGCACCAUUUCGUUCAUUGUGGACCUUUGCUUAAUAAUUGUUAAUUUUUUUUGUUUUGUUUUAUGGUGGUGCUUAGUCAUAGUAACCUUCGUGCUGUGAAAACUCUCCGUCCCUUUGUUUUUGGAUUUGAACUUAACUAGCUUUUUCUCCACUCGAUGAUGCAGAAAGGUGUGUCUACAUAGUCUACAUUAGGCUACGAAGCGCUUGAAGAUGCUGUUAAAAAUUAAAGGUCUUUGCCAGUCAUUAAGCAGACUUAUACUUUAUUUUAAUGCAGGUGGAUAAUCCAGAAAGCAUUUUUCUAUCCAGAGACAAUUGGUGCAUGUGGAUGCGCUGGAAUCAGCUGGCGAAGUUUUUUCCUUUAUUGUCCUACCUGCUGCAAGCCCGAAAUGAAAGGAAUCAGACACAGCAAAGUGUUGACCUUGGAUGACCUCGAUGAAAUGACACCGCAGUACAUAGGUUGCGUUACAAGCAAUCAGUGGCGACGUUCUACCUCCCCCAGAGAACAAGAUUCUGAACUGCUUACUAUGAGUCCAGUCAAUAUAGAGCGUCUUGACCGUCCCGAGGGUGAGGAGGAACUGCGUGGGAGGCUGACUCCUAUGGAUAUCUACCUAUCCGAUGUCGCUGCCACAUCUGCGGCUGCGCUAAACCAUCAGACAGGAUCGAGGCAUGGUGACGAAUUACCGUUUAAGGAUUUUAAAGUGAUGUUUGGACUGUCGUGCGGCUCAUCCUUCGUGUCAGACCAAAGACAGGAAAAGAAGAGACACUUCUGCAUUCAGGUCAUUUAGUUCCUCCUAACACAGACAUAAGACCAGGACAAAAAAACUUAAAAAGGGGAUAUUCCACAAAAGAAAACAAUACAAUGUGAUAAAAUUUUAUUCUGCCCAUAGUCGUAAACCAUUGUCAUCCAUUCGUUAGUGUAGUUUAGUCAUAAAGUUUAGUUUUUUUUUUCACGUUAGCUUUUAAACAUGUUUAGCCUUUGUACGGGGAGAUUCGAGUUAACUCUCAGCUGUAUUUUGCUCAUUUCAGACACUCAUUCCUGAUAAUUUUUGCACGAUCCCUGAUAUCUGAAUGGCGAACUGAAUUUUGUUUUUUUUUCCUUUAUGAUUUAUAGGUCCUUCCAAUAAUAAUAGAGUUCAUUCGUGGUCUUCCUUUGGCCGUGUNUAUUCUGCCCAUAGUCGUAAACCAUUGUCAUCCAUUCGUUAGUGUAGUUUAGUCAUAAAGUUUAGUUUUUUUUUUCACGUUAGCUUUUAAACAUGUUUAGCCUUUGUACGGGGAGAUUCGAGUUAACUCUCAGCUGUAUUUUGCUCAUUUCAGACACUCAUUCCUGAUAAUUUUUGCACGAUCCCUGAUAUCUGAAUGGCGAACUGAAUUUUGUUUUUUUUUCCUUUAUGAUUUAUAGGUCCUUCCAAUAAUAAUAGAGUUCAUUCGUGGUCUUCCUUUGGCCGUGUUUUUCGUUAUUUAUCUUGUCACUGACGAUGGUGAUUACUUGACCAUUGGCCUGCUGAUAUUUUUCUCCAUUUUGUUGCUGUUGACACUGGUGGCCCUGGUACCAACAGGAAGUAGAAAACAUGGAAGACUGGAACGAAUUGCUAGGUAACGUAUUUCAUAACUUCCUUAGUAGCUAUUUUUAAAAUAGGAUGUUACUAAAACGCGGAAUGGUGAACGAGCGAGGGAAACAGGAAAAUGAAAAGUGGGAACAAAACCUAGCUUGACCCCUGGCCCCAUCAGUAACCUCAUUUAUAAUUAUUACUAGGGUAUCUAAAAGAUAGUAAUGCUGCGGCACAUUCUGUGGAUACUGGCAUUAGUUAGGCAGUGAGACUCAAAAGAAUCGAAAAUGACAUUGAAUGUCCUAUUUACAUGUUGUUAGAAAGUACUAGAAUAAUUACUAUCAGUCUAUAUAAAGAACUCGUGGGAACGUUGUUUAGAAAAUGAUCAAGUGGUUAUCAACUCUGGUUUUCCCACAGUAAAUUGUAGGAAAUGAUAGAAAUUCAGAUUUGUUUAUCCAUAUAUUUAAUAUAUGGUGUACUAUCUUUUCUCUGGAAACACGAUACAUUUCUUGCUGUUUAUUGCACUUUAUUAAGUAACAGCUAUUUAGCUAUAUAUUUAUAGAAAACGCCAACACAAAAAACGGAAAAAAAAGAAAGAAGGACAAAAGAGUCCGGUAGGGCUCGAACCCAGCACCAUCGGCUCGACGCGACUACACCUAACCACUACACCACAGAGGUUGAUUACUUAAUCAACGGCAAAAGUCUUUAAUUUAACGCCUUUUAUCAUGAAACUUCUGCCGGCAAGAUGAUCGCCAGCCGCAUUAAUCGAGCUAUUAACAGUAAAAAAACAAUAUAAACGCAUAUUCCAUGGCAAUGAAUGAAUGAAAGAACAUAAUUAUGCUUUUCAAAACGCCGAUACACGUCCUCGUCUACAACGUAGCCGGACACAAAACAUAUGUUUUGUUAUCUCGAUUUCCGCCGUUAUUUUGAAGCGAAUGGUCAAAAUCACAUCCAUUUUCGACUUAUACAGGUUCUUAAGAAUAGCAUGGCAUGACAUUUUCUCACUUUCACAUCACCUUUUAGCAAGCUGGAGUUUGUAUAUCCCCCGUGUUGCGGAGUCGAAGAGCAAAUGCUCAUCUUCUCGUCAGGUUUAACACCUGUACGAGUCAAAGGCUCUUGAAUUGAAAUCCAAUCCCCAAUUUAACCAUCGUACUCCUCUGAAAGACUCCAACGUGUCUUAGAUUUGGUAAGACCUCUAACCAUGCUGUAAAAAAUUUGCUACAAAGAAAACUCUCAGUCUGGGCAGCGAAGGAUGCGAACUGCCGUGUUUUUGAGUUGUUCGUGGCGCAAUGCACUCUGGUUAAAUGCAAUGCAUUGUGGUAAAAAGUGAUGAAUUCGAGAAUUCGUCGCCCCCUAUAUAUUUCCCUUAAAUCCUGAUUAUGUUGCUGCUCGCCCCCUACGGUCGCUCCGCAGCAACAAGUCUCUGAUUUGUUCCAUUUUUUCAUUGUCGAGUUCCUCAUCUUGUUCCUCGUCCCCCGUCAUGUUAGUAACAUUCCUGAAAAUCGACUAAAAAAAAAAAAAGAUCGAUCGUGAAAACUUUUCAGCACUUUCAAUGCCUAAAACAUCAAAUUUAACCGCUCAAAUCUGUAGCCAAUGCAAGAAAGCCAAAGCGAGCGCAGAUGGGCAAAAUUGCAGAGGGUUAAAUAAAUUGAUUUGCGUUUAGGUAGAUAAACUACCAAAUCGUCGUUCAAAGAUUUAAGUUUACUGAGUCAAUUUUAUUUUUAAGUCUGAAAUCUGGCUCCUUAACAACUGCUUGUUUAUUUCAAAUUAAAUAAUCUAAUACUAUGGGCUCCCGUGAUAGAAAUCCACGUAUGUUACCCAGACCAGUCCAGAAUAGAUAAAUGCAAUGUGGUCAGCAGUUAAACGUACAAUAUAACUCUUACUUUGGUGUUUACUCACUCCAAAGAUGCGUGCAAUUCUUUUCAAAGGUGGCUGACUGUCAACGUUUAUUACGUCAACUUCAUCCGCAACGCAAUGAAAAUUGCCAACGAAGGUCCCAGUCCCCCAGCGGUCCUGUCUCUUAGUGACGGAGGCCACAUUGAAAACUUGGGCAUUCUUCCACUGUUGAAAUUAAGACUGAAGAAAAUCGUGUCAGUGGACGGAAGUCGCACCAUCUUGGACCAAGACUAUGGAAGUUCUCUUAUGACAGCUUUAGAUUUGGCUAGAAGAAAACUGGGUUGCUCAUUUUCAGGGAUGGAUGGACGGGAUAUUGCAGAGGAUAUAAGGGAUAACUUCGUCGAAAGAAGAUUAGGAUCACAGCCUAGAAGCUAUAGGUCAGUUUCGUAGUUUACACAACUUUAUAAAAUUUGUACUUCUGAUAAGAGAAUCCAAUCCAGUUUUUAAAUUAAAGUAACCUCCCCAAAGAGACUCUUUUCCUAAAUGAAAUGUCUCUUCUUGGUUAUUCCUGGCUAUGAAAGUGCUAGUUAGUCUUACUUACUAGUAACUUCACCAACAAAUUUAAUGGGAAGAAUUGACCACAAAAAUUACUUUCAAAACUGAUGCUUUUAACGGUAACACUUGGCCAGUCCAAUCCGAAUCGCUCUCAGUAUAUAUAUAAACUAAUUAUUGUCUGGUUUUUGAAACACACAUGCAGGUUUAAAGUGCAUUAUUAUGACAAAAAUCCCAAUGGCGAUGGAAAGACUAAAGUUGGCGAGGGUGAAAUUAUCUAUAUCAGGCCCAGACAUCCUGACAAAGGUGUAACACCGACCCUGCGAUGCGAGGCAUGGAAUGAUGUCGACAUAGAUCUCGAGAGGAGUCUCUGGGGGACUGGACCUGAGUUAUCCGCCGAGGAAGCUGAUCGACUGACGUUCUGUUGCUGCGAAUGUUGCCAUGGGGACACAUGUCGUGGCUUUUCCGAGGCGGUGUGUGGAGCUUUUCCACAGCAUGUAACAAUUAAUCAGUGUUUUACUCCAUCCAUGUUCUCGGCUUACCACAGAGAAGGUUACAGAUCCAGCAUGGAGGCUGAAAUAGAGGAGUUUAUGUCCGAUGAAGAUUAUGAUGCUAUAUCAACGGCAUUAGUAGUUUAAACUAUGUUUACACGAGUAUAGUAUGAACACCUAUCCGAUAUGUGACUCUCCCUUUUGAGAUCGGCGUGACGCACCUUCGCUCCGUUACAGAAAUGGCGCCAAAAUCAUGCGCUGUUG